AUAAGCUGCGUCCCAAAUGACGCACUCAUACACUGUGUACUUGUGCACUAUGUACUCUUAACCAUGUCGUGUAUGAAUUAUAUAGGGUUAUUUUGUCAUUCAUAAUCGGAGUCUGAUAGUCUCUCCGAGUGCGUGAAGUGUCCGAACAGUCCACACAUCAUCCGGGUAUUUAAAGUGCACUUUUCUUUUUUGGAAUUUUCAGUGUGAAUGCAUCGCUCGCACAGUUUAUACUACAACACGUCAUAGAAUAGUGCAUAAGCACGCGAUUUGGGACGCACCUAUAAAUUCAAAUCCAUGUUAAUUUCAAGAACAGAUGAUCACUGAGCUGAUUGAUGGCACAUAAAUUCUGCUGCAGUGUCCGCUGAAUGGCGCCGCGGAGGAGCACCGGUGUGAUUUCAGUCUUUAGCGAAGCUGCGCGUCUGGGAUGAAGGCGGUGGAGAAGCAUCCGGAAGUGACGGGACACGUGUACUGUCCGUGAUGUCAGAGUUCGGAGAGUGACGCGACUGCGUGAUGACAGACAGCAGCAGCGAGAGGAAAUAAAUCAUCUGUCCGCUGCAGCAGGAGGAUGCUGAGGAUCAUCUCUCGGAGACAGUAUCCGGAGCAUCACUCGUCUUCUUCUUCAUCUUCUUCAUCAUGAACAGCGGCGCUCGGAUGCUGAGCGUCGCGUCGGACUGAAUCGCACUCAGCAGCAUCAACACGAGCGUAUUAGCGGAGAUCUGUGAGCCAGCAAAAUGGGAGAGCAGCCCAUCUUCAGCAGCAGAGCGCACGUCUUCCAGAUCGACCCCAGCACCAAGAAGAACUGGGUUCCCACCAGCAAACACGCUGUGACCGUGUCCUACUUCUACGACAGCACGCGCACCGUCUACCGCAUCAUCAGCCUGGACGGGGCAAAGGCCAUCAUCAACAGCACCAUCACCCCCAACAUGACCUUCACCAAAACCUCACACAAGUUCGGUCAGUGGGCGGACAGUCGGGCCAACACCGUGUACGGCCUGGGCUUCUCCUCCGAGGCCCAUCUGAGCAAAUUUGCUGACAAGUUUGCGGAGUUCAAAGAAGCGGCGCGGUUAGCCAAAGAGAGAUCUCAGGAGAAGAUGGAGUUAACCAGCACUCCCUCACAGCGCAAAUCCAUCUCGUGCUUCCCGCGCUUGAAGAUUCGGACGCCGGUGAAGGAAUCAGCGACCGGUGAUCUUCAGUCUCCUGUGACUCCAGAGAACAUCAACGGGACGAAUGAGAGAGUGACCCCCGACACAGCCUUCAACACUGAGAGCCGCGCCGAGACAAACGCUGUACCGUUCCCUCACAGCUCCACGUCCAUCACCAAACACUGGGAGGCCGAGCUGGCGGCUCUGAAGGGGAACAAUGCUAAGCUGACGGCGGCGCUGCUGGAGUCCACGGCUAACGUCAAGCAGUGGAAGCAGCAGCUGGCGGCGUAUCAGGACGAGGCCGAGCGACUGCACAGACGGGUCACGGAGCUGGAGUGUGUGAGCGGACAAACCGCCGGCGUCAAAACACAGAAAACAGAGCUGAACCAGACCAUAGAAGAGCUGGAGGCCGAGCUGAAGGCCAGAGAGGAGGAACUGGAGAAUCUGAAAGAGGAAGUGGAGAAAGCCAGCCAGCUGCAAACACAGAAGGAUUCGCUCGCUCAGAAACUGCAGGAGACGGAGCGGAGGAACGCGGAGCUGGAGUCCCAGCUGCAGGAUCUGGAGCAGCGUCUGGAGACCGGUCAGCUGGAGAGCGAGAGCUUCAGGAAGAGCCUGCGCUCGCUGCUGGAGCUGCUGGACGGAAAGAUCUUUGAGCUGAGCGAGCUGCGAGACAGUCUGGCCAAACUGAUGGAGGACGACAGCAGCUAGAGACACGCACACGCAUGUGCACACGGGCCUGCAGACACACACACACACACACACACACACUCUCUCACACUGAUCCCCCUCUCGACUCUGAUGCACAGACUGCAGCUGGUUCUGACUCUCGUAGGUUUUCUGUAAAAACGCCCCGAGCUGAAGAUGCGACAUCGUUAUCAUCUGCUACUCUUCCACUCAAAUCUGAGCAAUAGGACAGAGAAACGGACGCUGGGUCGCACUAUCAGGUAUUUUUCGUCUCACACACACUCGAGUCUGCAGGGGGUCUGGAAGCGUUUUAAACACACACACACACACACACACGAGGGGCUUCGGUGCGCUCGUGUCACGGGACUGAGGUCCAUCAGUUUGUUCGUGGGGUUUUUUGUUUUCGCUCUUCAUGAAGAGCAGCGGUUUACUUCCUACUGUAUGAUUUCUGGUUAUUUAUUGUAAAAACAUAUAAUAUCUAUAUAUUCUAAUCACAGUGGCUGCAUUACGUAGUAAGGUUUGUUUUCACUUUCUCUUGUUUUUUAUCAUUUCCAAUGUGGAAAUAUGUGUUUUUUUUUCUAAAUGUGAGAUUAACUGGCAAUAUUUUUGAACUAUUGAAGUAUUUAAAAGGUAAACAAUGUCAUCAGAUUUCAGCGAGUGUUUUCUUUGCCAAACCAGAUGAAGCUGAGAUGCAUCACGUCCUGAUUGUCAUGCGCUUCUGAAGAUCUUCAAGGGCUCGCAGCAGAUAGAUGUGCUAGUUUUUGACAUACUGGACGGCUUUAUUAUUAUUAUUAUUAUUAUUAUUACCAUGUUUGAUUUAUGAGCCGAUGUGACACUUUGAGGCUCAGAAACCUUUGAAUAAUAAUUGAGAAUAUUGACACACUCAAACACAAUUGUAAUUGAGUUUAUAGUAAAAUUAAAGAGCAAAAAUUGUCAAA